AUGAAUGGCGCAGUUGAAGGCAUGAAUACCGUAAACCCUCCGCUCAGGGACACAAUUACAUUACCAGUGGGCGGCUAUAUUGUCAUACGGUUUCGAGCAACAAAUCCAGGCUGGUGGUUCGCUCAUUGUCAUGUCGAGCUUCACGCCAUGAGCGGAACGGCCUACGCAUUUCAAGUUGGAGAGCAUGAGGACAUUCCCCCACCGCCAAAGAACUUCCCGCAUGAUUGCGGUGCCUUCAAAAUGCCACCUCUUGCUCCACGUCGGAAAUUUCGUCGUAGUCGUUGA